GGAAGCAACCAAUGACAAUUACACACGUACAAUGGGUGGUUUACCAGUGUAAGUAACAGCAGCCUCCACUGCAAUUUAUAUCAUACUCGUGGAACGCAUACACAGGAAGUGGGAACGUAAAAGAGCAGAUGGAACGCUCAUCCCGAAAGCAAUGCUGGUGGAACGCAAGGAAGUACAGCUCAAGUCACUCUGGUGGAACGCACAACGCGGAAGUUAUGCAGGUGGACCGCACGAUGCGGAAGUGAUGCUGUUGGAACGCAUAGACAGGAAGUGGUGCUCUAGUAUUUCCGGAGUAACAUUGCUACUGUAUGUUUUCGACUGAUUGGCCGGUAUCCUGAGUACAUAAUCUGACUGAGUCACGGAGGAUGGAGAGGGACAGGAAUUGCCGAACUGAGAGGAUAUUAAACAUUACCCUGGAAAUCGUCUACCUGCUGACUGGGGAGGAUUAUAUUGUUUUGGACAAAUCUGGUCAGAGUGUAACACCCAUCAGCCAACCCCGAGGACUGAGCAGGACCCAGAGCCCCAACACGGGGCCUCCACCUCACUCACUGACACAUGGGAGAGUCAAUGAGCAGAAGAUUCUGGAACUCACCAACAAGAUCAUUCAGCUUCUGACUGGAGAGGAGCUGGAUUAUGUAGAUGGACACAAUGGCCUGUGUAAAGAUAUAAUGCUGAAGAAUGACCAGAUCUGCGUAUCACUGGAUUUAUCGGAGACCUGCCAUAAAUCUGUACAGUUCAAUGCUCCCAUUUCCCAUAUUAAGGAGGAACCGGUCUCAUGUGAUGGAGAAGAUCUCACAGAUUCUGACAACUAUAUGCCCACAGACCAUACACAGUGUACAUCUAAUCAAAUUAAGGAGGAUCCUGUCUUAUGUGAUGGAGGAAACUUCACACACACUGACAUGUAUACACCCACAGGUCAUACACAGUAUACAGCUACUCAUAUUAAGGAGGAACCUGUCUCAUGUGAUGGAGGAGACCUCACACACACUUACAUGUAUACACCCACAGGUCAUACACAGUAUACAUCUACUUAUAUUAAGGAGGAACCUGUCUCAUGUGAUGGAGGAGACCUCACAGACACUGACAAUUAUAGACCCACAGAUCAUACACAAUAUACACCUAUUUAUAUUAAGGAGGAAUGUGUCUUAUAUGAGGGAGAAAAACUUGCAGUUCAUUCAAAAUGCAGAGAGAAUCUCAAUACAAGCCCAACGUGUGUCAGACAGAAGAUAAUUGAUACAGGAGUGCCACCAUUUUGUUUUUCGGGAACUGUUGGUGAUUUUGGACAGCUUGAGGAUCAUGAUGAGAAUUUUCAAUGUAGUAUGCGCGAGAAGCCAUUUUCAUGCUCUGAAUGUGGUAAAUGUUUUACACAGGAAAUACACCUUGUCCGACACCAGAUAACUCAUACCAGCGAGAAAAGUUAUUCUUGCUUGGAAUGUGGGAAACAUUUUACACAGAAAAUCCAUCUUGCACAACAUUUGACAAUUCACACAGAAGGGAAACAACAUUUGUGUCCUGAGUGUGGAAAACAUUUUAGACAAAAGUCAGAUCUAGAACGACAUAUACUGACCCACACAGGAGAGAAGCCAUUUUGUUGCACAGAAUGUGGUAAAUGUUUUAACAACAAAGCAUACCUUACCAUUCAUCUGAGAAACCACAGGGGAGAGAAACCAUAUUCCUGUCCUGAAUGUGGAAAACGGUUUAAUCAAAAAUGUCGUCUCAACGAGCAUUUCAACAGACACACGGGGGAGCGACCAUUCCUGUGUCUAGUAUGUACUAAAGGUUUUACACGGAAAUCUCACCUGAUCCGGCACCAGACAAUUCACACAGGAGAGAAGCCGUUUCCUUGCUCUGAGUGCGGGAGACGUUUCAGACAUAACAAUGCUCUGAAGCAACAUUUACUGUCUCAUACGGAUGAAAAGACAUUUCCUUGUUCUUUUUGUGGGAAAUGUUUUCCCCGUCGAUCAGAACUCUGCAAACAUGUUAAAGAACACACUGGAAAGAAGCCAUAUUCAUGUUCUGAAUGUGGGAAAUGUUUUCCACAGCCGUCGUUACUCAUCCGACACCAGACUGUUCACACAGGGGAGAGGCGUUUUUCCUGCUCAGAAUGUGGUAAGUGUUUUCAAAGGAAAGAUGUACUGAUUCGUCAUUCACGAUGUCACACGGGAUAGAAGUCACUUGGUUUGGGAAAUGCUUUACCGCCGAGUCCAAUCUUUGGAAACACCGCAGGAUGCAUAUGGGAGAAAAACUGUUGACUGCUCCACAUAUGCAGGGAGUUUUAGGUAUAAGCAACAAAUCAUGAAUAAAAAAUAAAACCAGUAAUUCUUUACGCGUUUCACUCACAGAUCUCUGAUAAGAGAUAAACAUGGCGGCUGGAGGUAAAUGAUGAUGGAAACUUGAUUAGAUUGAUGACCAUUUGCAUGAAUGGAAUUCACGCCCAACCAAGUUAUGCAAAGAUAAUUACUGUGUCUGAUUCUGUCACUGUUUAAUAAACUGCUGAGUGUUUCGGAA